UAUGCCAAGUCAACUGGGAACUACAAUUCAAUACCUAAUUUAAUAGAUGUCAUAAUAAAACUCUUAAUCAAAAUGAAAGGAUUGCUGCUUACGUACAUGCUGUUCCUCCUCCUGCUGUUCCACUGCACCGACAGUCACGUCCUGGUCAAGAGAUACGCACGCCAGCAUAAACGUAAGGCUAAGCCACGAGACCUGUUGAACGAUUUUGUGGCCAUCCGAGAGGAUGGAGGAUUCGAGGCGGGUCCUUUAAACCAUUUUCUUGAUUCCGGAGAAGGCUGCAAUUCUUGUGGUGACAGCAAGAAAACAUCCAGCAACUGCGAAACGAUAAAAUGCAAUGUCAAGGAUGUGAUGACACCCAACGAUCCCAAGUCCAAGUCCUCAGCCAUUGCCCAACAGGCUGCCCAGGAUGCGAAGGCGGCGAGUGAGGCACAAUCCGCUGCCGGAUAUGCUGCUGCCCAGCACAUCAAGACGGAGCUGGCCGAGAAGGCUUUCCAGUCGGCCAAAGCCGCCGAGGCAGCUCUAUUGGGCAAGGAGCUGAUGGUUGAACAGCUGGAAAAGGAGACCCAGGAAGCGAAUGCUGUUAUCAAGGGUGAGACCAUUGCCCUGCAGACCAUCGAAGCGAAUAUGAAUUCAGCUGUGGAGGCCACCAAAGCGGCCACCCAGCAGUUCGAGACCCUCAACGAGCUGGUGGAAAACUCCAAGACAAGCCUCUCCAGUAUCCAGGCGGUGGCCUUUGGCUUGCAGCAGGAGAUGGAAGCGAAGACGCAGCUCCUGCAGGCUGCACAUAAUCGAUUGGCCACAUUCCAGAAGCAGCUGAGCUGUGCCCACGAGGACUAUGAGAAGACCAAGCAGGCGGCCUAUAGGGCAGCCUGUGCCGCCGUGGAGGCCAAGCAAAAAGCUGCUGCAGCCCCGAGCACUCGUAAUACGUAACUUAUCCAUAGAAUAUAUAUCUUAGCUAGUAACUCCUUUGAUUUU